CAAGAUAUUUAAUGGGGAAGGGUCACGUGGUCAUAGGUGGCACAAAGAAUGGAAGCUUUUAUAUCAGAGAAUAGAAACUGCCAUUUUUAGAUCCAAUGACCUAAAAGUCAUAUUUCAAUCAAGAAGGAUGUACACAAAACAUUGGCAAACGGUUAGAAUGCAUGUUAAUUAAACACAAAAAACUAUUCAAACUCCAACAAAUUAAAAUAUUAAUACUAGUGUACAUUAUUUUCAUUAGAAGAUUGACUUGUCAUUUUGUUGUGACUGCCAGAAUUCAGUAAGAAUAUAAAGGGUAGCCAACAAUAAGCACAUCAUGGGAGGUGUGAAAACAUAUCUCCAUACAGACUAACUUUAUAGUCUUUUGGAGAUCAUAAAUUUGGUCCCUAGCUUACAUUUUUUAAGGGACAAUAUGACCUCAAACUAAUUCAAUUUGCUCUAAACUUUGCCCUGAGAUUUUUGCUAGAGGAUUCUUGAUUUGCCCUGAGAGUAAUUACUAGAGAAAUAAUGGAUGACAAAAGUGAUGUGGAGAAGCUUGAUGAAGUGAUGCUACCUGGUUUUCGAUUUCAUCCAACAGAUGAAGAGCUGGUUGGGUUCUAUCUAAAGAGAAAGGUUCAGCAAAGAUCUCUUCCUAUUGAGCUCAUCAAACAAGUAGAUAUAUAUAAAUAUGAUCCAUGGGACCUCCCAAAGCUGGCAUCUACAGGGGAAAAAGAGUGGUAUUUCUACUGUCCAAGGGACCGUAAGUACAGGAAUAGCGCCCGUCCAAACCGUGUAACAGGAGCUGGUUUUUGGAAGGCUACUGGAACUGACAGACCAAUUUAUUCCUCUGAUAGCACCAAAUGCAUUGGUCUUAAGAAGUCCCUAGUUUUCUACAGAGGCAGGGCUGCCAGAGGUAUAAAAACUGACUGGAUGAUGCACGAGUUUCGCCUUCCCACGACUAACAGCGAGUCAGCACCACCUAAGAAAUUCUUGGAUAAGAACUUUCCACCAAAUGAUUCAUGGGCCAUCUGCAGAAUAUUCAAGAAAACCAAUUCAAUGGCAAAUAGAGCUCUAUCUUACCCUUGGGUAAAUCCAUUAUCUGAAGUAGCAUCUCCAGAGUUGUUCAAUCAAAGUGCAACUGCUCAUUUCGGCUCGGAGAAUGUCUCUACUAUAACAGAAACUGGAUCAGUUCUCCACCUAUCGAGUAAUAAUGACAUACUACAAGGAGUCUCACAUGUUCCUUCAUAUAAGGUCCUCAACAAUAUGGUGUCAAGACCAUCUUAUCUUUCAAGUCCUAGCACAGACAUCUCCUGUAACUUUGUGUUUUCGUCGUCCCCUGAGGUUUCAGGACAAAACAACAGGUGUUUACUGGACGUGAAUUCCAUGUUUUUCAACACAUCCCCGGGUUUAAUCACGGAUAUCAGCAAGACCUCUGAGACCAUAGACUUCGAAGGUCCAAAUCAACAACUCAACAGCUUCUCAAUUAGUUCAUCACAAGAGAUGCAAAAAAGUAUAAGCAUGGAAGAACAUGAAGCAGGAUUAACAAGUAAUCAAACUUCAAUAAAUGAUAAUAUUGCUGAAUGGGAAAAUAUCAGAUCAGUUGGUUUUCCAUUCAGUUUGACCACUAUAGCUGAUGAAUGGAAGCCUAGUUUGUCAUGGGAUUCUCCUUCCCGUCCUAGUGAGAUAUCCACCGCUUACUCAACAAGCAAAUGCUACACCUAGUUCUAAAUUCAAACAGUGAACCUCCUGCUUUGUGUACAGCUAGUCUUUUUCCCUUUUGGCAUCCGGUAUCCAAAAUCUGAGUUAGACAGAUUCAGAUACCGGAUACCUGUAAGGGAAAAAAAGAAGAAGAAUCUAGCCAUAGCACUAAAAAAACAACAAUAUUCUGUUAAAAGUUAUUGUACAGCUUUAUGUUUUAUUUUCACUCUGCUGGCUCUGCUCCAAUUUAAACAAAAUAUGUUUGGAUAAA